UUUCAAGAAGGAAGACGAACAAAUUUGAUAUUUUUAUUUGAAGGAACAUCGUCAGAUUCAGCCCAGUUACUACUUUGGAUCCAAAUCCAGUUCUCCACAAAAAUUCAUCGCGCUCUCCCUCGGAUUCCCUCAUUUUCUCUUCCAACUCCGGCGAUGGCCACAAUCCCCCUCUUUUCCUCCUUCCGAUAUUCCGACAGCCUCACGGUGGUCGGAAUCUCUGUCUGCACUGCCGUCAUCUGCGAGGCCAUCUCAUGGAUUCUCAUCUACCGCACCAACUCCUACAAAACCCUUCGAUCCUCCAUCGACAAGGCCGCCAAAAAGCUCGAGACCAUGAAGACCGACACCUCCAAAAUCAACGUCAAGAAAUCGAAGACCAAGAAGAUCGAUCGCGUCGAGACCAGUCUUAAGGAAUCGAGCCGCGACCUCUCGCUUUUCAAGUUUAAAUCCGGCGCCGUUGUUGCUCUUGUUCUGUUCGUCGUCUUUGGAUUGCUCAAUUCGCUCUUCGAGGGCAAGGUUGUUGCCAAAUUGCCGUUUAAGCCUUUUGGUCUUGUGAUGAAGAUGAGUCACCGAGGGUUACUCGGUGACGAUCCUACCGAUUGUGCAAUGGCGUUCUUGUACUUCCUCUGUUCGAUUAGCAUUCGGACCAAUCUCCAGAAGUUCUUGGGAUUCUCGCCACCGAGAGGCGCCGGUGCUGCCGCCGGCUUGUUCCCGAUGCCAGAUCCUAAGACGAACUGAUUUAGGUCAGGCUUGGAUCAAAUUAUUACACCUUUUCCCCCAUUUCGAUUAUGAAUUCUGAUAAAAACUUGAUUUGAUCUGAUUAGGCUUACUUUUACUAGGGUUCUAUCUGUUAAUUAGUGAGUUCCGGACUCAGUAUAGCUUUGAUUCUAAUCUCCACUUGCAUUCUAGAUUAGAUUUGGAAAUAAUACUAUCUUCUUUUGGAUCAAUAUAAGCUUCUGAUCUUUUAAAUUU